GAAUUUGAUUUUAAUCUAAUUAUGGACACCCUAACUCGAAACAACAACUCAAAAUCUGAAAUAAUUUGAACCACAUUUAUAUUACACGGUUACGUCCUUCACAUUUUACACCAUCUCUCUUAUUUUUUUUUCCUACCCCCACUCAACCUUUUCAAGUUUUAAAAUAUCUUCUUUAAUUUAAAAGAGGUGUUAAAAACUGACUCAACCGACCCACUACAAUGAUAUAAAAAUAUCUUCUUUAAUUUAAAAGAGAUGUUAAAAACUGACUCAACCGACCCAACUCGAUCUAACUCGGCGAUAUUUAUUACGCGUAUUCUGUAUAUAAAAAAAAAGAAAAAAGGAUAUAGAGAUGGUGACGUUUGUUGCUUAGCAUCCAAAUGAUCUACUACUGUGUUCUAAUAACCACUAAAACCAUGCUUAGGGGAGGAAGGUUCACAUUUUACAUUUACAACGUACUAUACACUAUUACAAAUACAAGUACAAGUUCAACCCAUUAAUAUUCUGAGACUACCCGAUCAUUAGCUUGAUUUUUCGUCUCUCUCCUCUUCUUUGCCGAAGUUGAUUGAUCAAUCUUGAAUUAGUUGGCGGAUUUAUCAACCUAAUCAUUAUUACCCAGGAUUGUUGGGAUUUUGCACAUUUGCUGCCGGGAAGUUUACUUCCUAGAUGAAAUAUAUUAGCAUCUUGGAAAUCUAAGAUGGGGGGGUUUAAAGAAAAGCCAAGUUGAUAUGUAUUGAUGCAGACUCUUGUUAUGAAAGUUCUGCAGAUUUAGACAAGGGAGCAUUUAGUGAAAGGUGAUGGAGAAGUCAGAAAAUUCUAAUAAAGGUGUUCCCAGUGGUGGUGCAAGGGCAGGUGCCUUCGGGCAUGCAUUUGGCUAUUCAGGUGUAAAGAAGAGAGGUCAUGGAAGUCGUUCAUGGAUAAAGAUUGAGCAGAAUGGGAAUGCAAAAGUUAUGGAGCUUGAUAAGUCCACUAUUAUGAAAAAUUGUUCCUUGCCUUCUCGGGAUCUUCGCCUUUUGGACCCUUUGUUCAUCUAUCCUUCUGCCAUAUUGGGCAGAGAGAAGGCUAUUGUCGUCAACUUAGAGCAGAUUAGAUGUGUAAUCACUGCUGAUGAGGCUUUUGUGAUGAACUCUUUGGAUGGCUCUGUCAUGCAGUAUAAGACAGAGUUGUGUAAUCGACUUCAAGCAACCAGAGAUCAUGCUGAUGGAUUGCCUUUUGAAUUUAAAGCACUUGAAUUGGCUUUGGAAUUAACAUGCACGUCCCUGGAUGCCCAGGCAAAAGAAUUGACCUCAGAGAUACGUCCAGUGCUUGACGAGUUGACAUCAUCUAUUAGCACUUUGAACCUGGAACGUGUUCGGAGAUUCAAAGGCAACCUCCUUAGUCUGACUCAGCGAGUUCAAAAGGUGCGCGAUGAAAUUGAGCAUCUCAUGGAUGAUGAUGGCGACAUGGCAGAAAUGUACCUGACAGAGAAGAAGGAGAAAAUGGAGGGAUAUAUGUCCAAUGAUUCAGACAUAGAUAACAUUCGUUCAGUUGCGGUGAAUUCCGACUUAGAUAAUAUUCCUUCAGUUGGUUUAGAUUCAGUGAAAUGGUUAUCAAAAUCUGCACCAGUUUCACCUGUUGCUCCUGUUUCUCCUGAGGCUGUUACAAUUGGAUCUCAUAAGUUGCAGAGGGCCUUUAGCAGUAUUACCAGAUCAAGCCAGCAUGAAACGCUUACAACGACUUCAUCCAGUCAGAAGGAAGACAUUGUUCAACUUGAGAUGUUGCUUGAAGCAUAUUUUGUUUUUAUUGACCACACUCUUAGCAAAUUGUCGUCACUUAAAGAGUACAUUGAUGAUACGGAGGACUUGAUCAACAUCAAACUGGGCACUGUUCAGAAUCAGCUGAUCCAAUUUGAAUUGUUGCUGACGGCAGCAACAUUUGUUGUUACCUGUUUUGCCGUUGUCACUGGUGUCUUCGGGAUGAAUUUCGAGACCUCGGUGUUUGAUAAUCCAUUUACAUUCAAUUGGGUCCUGGUCAUUAGCUGUAUUGGCUGUGGGAUCUUAUACUCCUGUUUUUUGAUUUAUUUCAAAGGGAAAAAAUUAGUCCCUGUUUAGCUGUUUAGUUAUGCCUUUGCAUAUAUUGUAAACUAGAAAAUUUUUGGCCAUUAAUUAAAUUCAAAUUUUAUUAA